AGAGAAGAGAGCACUUGACUAAUUGAUCUUCGUUGCUUAUCUCGUGGUCUCACCUUCACCUUCUGCAGGUCUGCUCAGAUUAGCUGGAAAUGGGUCCACUCGGUGCUCUGGAAGGGUUGAAAUCUAUAAGUCUUACUAUGACUAUAACUCUUACUCUUACCGUUACGCCUCCUGGGGAACAGUGUGUGAUGAUGGCUGGGACUUAAAAGAUGCUGAGGUGGUCUGUAGAGAGCUGAACUGUGGGAUAGCACUGGAGGCUCUUGGGUCUGCAUACUUUGGUCAAGGUACAGGGACUAUCAUGCUUGAUGAUGUGGACUGUUCAGGAAGUGAAACUUCUCUAAAUGAUUGUCGUCACAGAGGACUUAGGACACACAACUGUGGCCAUAGUGAAGACGCUGGUGUGGUCUGUUCAGAAAUCCUCCCAGAGCCCACCCUCUCCUUGUACAGUAAUGAGGUCACCUGGGGUCAGGGCGUCAAAAUCAAUUGCUCAGUCUCAGAAAAGUUCUCAGGUGGAACUUUUAUCCUCCAGAAGACUUCAAGCUCAUUCAGUCAGACUAAACCAUCCUCUACGAGCUCUGUUAUAUUCAAUCUUCGCAAUGUGAACUUUGAUCAUGAUGGACUGUACCAGUGUCAGUAUAUGAAAAUAAGUCGAAGGUUCAGCUCUUCCUCUGUCAGACUCACUGUGAGACUGCAGACACCCAGCAUCUCCCUGACCUCUCCUAGUGCAGGUCUGGUCUGGGGUCCUGAAGGUGCAGAGAUCACCAGGGGUUACGGUUUUGUCUUCACCUGCUCCGUUAACUCCAGAUUUUCCAGUGGACGUUUCUUUCUCAUCUUCUCUGAGUCCAACAUCACAGACAGCAAGCCAGCAGUCAACAACUCAGCCUCCUUUAGUUUCCCUGUAGCUGAGUAUGAACACCAAGGCAACUACAGCUGUGUGUAUGAAGUCACAGUGUCCACACGGACAUUCAGUUCUACUGCAACAGCACCCAUUACUGUCAUCAUUAAAUUUCCUCGGAUGCUGCUGGUCUCGUCUGUAGUUGCUGUGGUCCUGUUGCUCCUGCUGGUCUUUUUGGUGGUCUUCCUGGUGCUCAGGAGAAGGAGACAAACACAGCUGGGCUACAGCCACACCAGAAGUCUGUGCUCACCAGAACAAACAAUAUAUUACAUGAAAAAACAACAGCUUUGUUUUGAAUAUGAUGUCCACAUGACAGAAAUCUGCUCUGUUGUCUUUCAGUGACUCUAACAAUCUGUGAUGAAGAUGAUGACGUCAGUGAAAAAAGAUAUGGAUUCUGAGAGACUGAACACCAAAGAAAUCACACUGAACAAACAGGAAGAGCAGAGAAAGAGAAGAAAAGCAGAUGAAGAUCAAAGCAGUAGUGAUGAAAAUGAUCAUGUAUUUGCAACUCGGUCAUUUGGUGAACAAACUGUGGACCUUUGUAGAGAACAAAAAGAUGUUUAUCAAAAUCUUUAGGUUAAUAUUGAUUAACAUUGAUCCAUUCAGUUUAACACAGAAUAUCAGCCAGAAGAAACUAAAACUCUCGUAUCUUUCUACAAUGAGACUACCACGUGGUCAAAUAUUUCAUAUAGGUUAAGAUUAGUAGCUACAGUGUCCAUUAACUGAUCAUUUAAGCUUUUCUACUUUUCUUGGCUUACCGUAUUAUUGUCAUAAAUUGUCAUUUCUGUUACACUUUUAACCAGUUAUAAAAACAAAAAAAACACAAUUAUGUUCUAACCUAUUAGACAGAUUAUAAAUUCUGUUUCUGUUUUAUAAUAAUACUGCAUUAUAAGCCUCAGUCAUCCAAUAUCGUAUGUUUUGUGAUUGACUUUUGCGUACAAUGACAGUGAAAUGCGAUUAUUAGCAAUUUGUAUGAUACUUUUAACCAGGUGUGUCAAAUUCAUAAAGAGUCACAUGGUGAAGAAGAAUCACAUCACAUCCAAUAAAAUGGAUUUGGAAAUUAUUCUGUCUACAGCCCUUUUGAGCAAGUAACAAGUGACAACAACAAUCUUCAAAUCUCAUAAUAAAGAUUGCUCUCCCAAACUGA